UAUCUAACCGUGCAACUGAUUGCAUCCUAAGAUUCCCACCACUCUCUCUCUCUCAUACGUUGUUUUUAAAGCCAAACUAUUACUGCACAGCAAAAAUGCAAAACAAAAGUCAUCCCUCUCUCUUUCUAAAGCCUUUCUCUCUCUAGAAAGCUCACCGAAAAACUCAGCCUAUCUUUUGAGAAAUGCAAGCAAAAACCCUAGUGAAAAACCAGCAAAAACUCAGGAAAAGACUCUCUGAUCUCAAUUGGAGCCUCGAUUGAGACGAUGAUCUGAUGCAUUUCGCUAAUAGAGAAGAGAGAUAGUGAGUGUGCGAGAGACGGCUGUGAGAACUCAGUGCCGUUUGUUGAAUUUAUUUUUUUAUUUGUUUUUCUAUUUUUGAUUUUCUUUUGGGGGUGGUCGGUAUAGAGAUGUAUAAGAACCAGCUGCAGGAGCUGGCGCAACGGAGCUGCUUCAAUCUGCCGGCGUACACGUGCAUCAGGGAAGGUCCCGAUCACGCGCCGCGCUUCAAGGCCGCCGUUAAUUUUAACGGUGAGACGUUUGAGAGCCCUAGCUACUGCUCCACGCUCCGCCAGGCGGAACACUCCGCCGCUGAGGUGGCGCUCAAUGCUCUCGCCAGCCGCGGCCCUUCUAACUCGCUCGCUGCCCGAAUUCUGGAUGAGACAGGUGUAUAUAAGAAUCUAUUGCAGGAGGUCUCACAAAGAGUGGGAGCGUCUUUGCCUGCUUAUUCGACUUUCAGAACUGGUCUAGGUCACCUUCCUAUUUUUACGUGUACUGUAGAGUUGGCAGGCGUGAUAUUUACUGGUGUGCCAGCUAAGAACAAGAAGCAAGCAGAAAAGAAUGCUGCCAUGGCAGCUUGGUUAUCUCUCAAAUCUUUAGUGCAACGAACCGAGCUUCCUUAUGAAAGGUCCCAUAAGGAUGAGCAGGAGCAUGUGACGGUAGCUCGUGCGCUGCAGAAGUAUCUAAUAAAGGCAAGACUGGCAAGAUUAUCCUUUCCCAUAAAAUUUCCUACACUAAAUCCAAGGCCAUCGAGUACACAGCCGUCUCCAACUACAACAUCAAAAAUCCUUCCUUUGAUAUGCCCGAAAACUGCUCAACGCAACAGGCCUAAUCCAGCCGUGAACAACAACCCCACACUCCAAAAGAAUAUCAGAACAACAAGUCAGCCAAUGGUUACAGUUCCGAAUGAGAGUCAGUCAUCAUUGGCAGACAUCUUCAUGCCCCGACCCCAGAAGUUCCCGGCAGCAGGAGCUGCACCCUAUAUUCCAGUCCGGCACUGCAACCUACACAGUAGGAUUGCACCACCAGUGACAAUUCGGAAUACAAUUCCUGUGUUCUCUGCGCCACCACUUCCUUCACCGCAGUCAUCAUUAGUAAUGAGGCCUCCUACUUUGCACAUGGCACCACCCGUGUCUAUUAGACAAGCUGUUCCUGUAUUUGCUGCUCCAGUUCGGAUGGACGAACUAUCGUCCAUGGUGCAUCCAUCUGUUAAAGUAGAGGAUCCUCGGAUUUCUAGACCCGCCACACCUCAAGUAGAGGAGCCACUAUUCUCUAGAGCUGUACAAGGUACGCUAGACGACACACCAUUCUCCAAGCUCCCUCCUGUUCUAGUUGAGGACCCUUUUGGUUAUAAGAAGCCUGCUCCGGUUGCACCAAUUUCUGAAGCUCUGACAAUUCAAGUCGACCUACCCACAACCGAAGCUCUCACAGUUAAAGUCAAGCCUCCAGUACCAUCAGCUGAAGAGACGACGUCCACUGAACAGGACAAGCUGCAGGAACCAGCUGAGGUCAAAAUCGAAGACUUGAAAGAUCUGAAGAUAUGAUAUGGGCACAGCCAACUUCUUUCAUUGUGGCUAAUCUAGGUUUUGGCUUCUUUUUUACCCCCCACUCUCUCUUUUUGUUUUUCUUUAUUAUGUUGUUGUGGGAGAAUUCUACUGCUUCUAAGAGUUAAAACUUCUUAAUAUUUCUGAGCAAUGCGGCCGAAAAAUUGCUGGCAGCGCGUGUUUUUCACAGUUAAAGCUGCCGGCGGAUUCUGCUUUAAUAUGCUUGUUGUUGUCUUAGGAGACUUAAUUUAGUAGUAUGCAGAAACGAACCUUUUCUCUGUGGCUUCUCAAUAAUAACAUUCGAUAUCAUAUUAAUGUUAGUAAAUUGUUCCAAUCA